CCUGACAAUUCUUUCAGUGUGCUAAAUUAUUAUCUUCACUUAAUACUAUCUCUUGCGUUUACCUAGCCACGUCUCUCUUGCAAAUACAUCAACUUUGGUCCUAUCCGCGGGUCGUCCAGACCAGUCAUUUAGCCGAUAAUAAUGUCCGAGGAAGAACCAUCGCUCAACAUCCCGUCGCUGCUCACUUUAGCAGUCGUUUCUUUCUUCGUUAUCAGAUGGUUCUUUAAGCGCGACGGUAGUCCCGACGCAGGAGGCCCCGCGCCCGUGGAACAAAUAGCUCAGAUGUUUCCUCAGCUCAGUACUCGCGAGAUCAUGUGGGACUUGCAGCGCAAUGGCGGGAAUGUUGCAGCGACUACGGAGCGAAUCCUCAGUGGACGUGGACUGGAUAUGCCUCCACCCUCUUUCCAGCCUGCGAUCGUUCUACCCUCUACUACUGCUUCUCCGGCAGCUGCGCAGCCCUCCUGGACGUCCGGGGCUUCCCUAAAGACUGACGGCCAAGAUCUGAUCUCCCGAUACAACCUCAGCUCAAAAAUCAAUGGUAGUGCCGACGCUACCAGUGAUCAGUCAUCGCAGAAAUCGACGAGCGGGUGGUCGCAGAGCAAAGAGGAGCGACAGCGCUUGUUGCAGAAGCGGAGAGACGAUAUGAUUUUGGCAGCUCGGAGGAGGAUGGAGCAGAAGCAGUGGCAGGCCGACAAUGCGUCAACUUGAGCCGGAUUGAGAAAAAAUUUCAUGAUCUUCAAACUCGCAUUUGUAAGGAUACUGUUUCGUUGUUCUCUGCUCAUUCUUAUGCGUGUGGGACAUUAUACCAUUUCUUUUUACCUUUCCAUCCAGCCAAGUUGGGACCUAUAGGUUCAACACAGGCAGUUUCUUGUGAACAGUUUGUCCGGGUCUCUGCAGUCUGAGCGUGCAUUUUGAUGGUGUUUCCCGGUGGCAGGAUAUUUUGCAAUGCUUGGAAACUAUAGGGUAUAUAUACAUUUGAAACUCGUUCAACCGCAAUA